AUGUUCAAGGCCUCCGAAGGUUAUACGAAGCGCAAGCCGUUGACAGUGGUCAGCGAUGAUUCCCCAACACCACCGGUCGUCUCUCUCGCGGAGCAAUUCUCGUACAACCAUCUGCCGCGCCCCUUCAAGAAUCCAGAGUACACGAAGAACACGAACCGGAGAACCAAGAACUUGAGGCGGCGACAGCAAAGAGAGGAGCAGAUGGACGUUGACGGCGUAGAGAAGGAAUACAUCCCUGACGAGGACAUGCCAACUUACUCUUCUAUUGAAGCGCCACCCUCUGUUCUUCCGCAAAGGAGAUACUGUGAUAUCACAGGACUAGAGGGACCAUAUACUGACCCAGCGACUGGUCUACGCUACCACGACAAGAGCGUAUAUGACAUGUUACGUGGUUUGAGUGCAACAGCUGCCAAGGACUACCUUGCUGCGAGAGGCGUCAACCCGAUUGUGAAGUGA